CUGGGCGGACCAAAAUCAAACCGAGAUGAUGAUGUUGAAGCAAAACGAAGUUGUGGAUGUUCGGUUCGGCUGAGAGAUGAGUUCGUUCGCGGGUCGGAUGAAGGAGUAUCCCACCGUGUCUUUGGACCGGUUCGACCGGGAGAACCUGCACGCGCAGGCUUAUUUCCUCUCUCACUGUCACAAAGACCACAUGAAAGGCCUGAAAGGACCUCUGCUGAGGAGGAAGCUGCAGCUCAGUCGAACCGUCAGACUCUACUGCUCCUUUGUGACCAAAGAGUUGCUGCUAAACAACCCAAAGUACGCCUUCUGGGAGGAAUACAUUGUUCCUCUGGAGCUGGAGAGCCCCACUCAGAUCUCCCUGGUGGACGAAGCGUCCGGAGAGAAAGAAGAGGUUGUGGUGACGCUGCUUCCUGCAGGUCACUGUCCUGGAUCCGUCAUGUUCCUGUUUGAGGGUUGCCAUGGAAACGUGUUGUACACGGGGGACUUCCGGCUGGCGGUCGGAGACGCGUCCAGGAUGGAGCAUCUGCACUCCGGCAGCAGGGUCAAAGACAUACAGAGCGUUUAUCUGGACUCCACGUUCUACGACCCGCGCUUCUACCAGAUCCCCAGCAGGGAAGUGUGUCUGAAAGGGAUUUCGGAGCUGAUCGGAAGCUGGAUCGGCCAGAGUCCGUAUCACGUGGUGUGGCUGAACUGCAAGGCCGCGUACGGAUACGAGUACCUGUUCACCAACCUGGGAGACGAGUUCGGCACUCAGAUCCAUGUCAACAGCCUGGCGAUGUUCAAGAAGAUGCCGGAGAUCCUGAGCUACGUCACCACCGACCGCGCCACUCAGAUCCACGCCUGCCGCCAUCCCAGGGAUGAGGAGUUUUUCCAGGGUAACCGGUUGCCGUGCGGUUGCUCGGCAGCCGACGGGUCGCCGCUCCGGAUCAUCAGCAUCAAACCGUCGACCAUGUGGUUCGGAGAGCGAACCAAGAAGACCAACGUCAUCAUAAAAACAGGAAGUAGUUCCUACAGAGCCUGUUUCAGCUUCCACUCUUCCUACUCAGAGAUUAAGGACUUCCUGUCCUACCUGCAGCCCGUCAACAUUUUCCCCAGCGUCGUUCCGAUCGGACGCUCGCUGACCGACGUCACGCAGAUGUUGAGGCUGAUGUGCCGGAACCAGCCCGAUGAAUCCGCCUUGGUUUACAGACCUCUGGGCGUCCUGAAGCGGAACCGAGCCCAGCGGCCCACUGACGACUCCAGCAGCGACGACGAGCUUUUCGACGGUUUGGAUUUGGCUCCGCUCCGGAAGAAACUGAUCCUGAACCAGGAAACGCACAGCGAGACGCCGGCUGAGAGAACAGCGCCCCCGGUGGCCACGUCUUUACCUCUGCUGGCGUCUGAUUCGACUGCUGCUCAGAACUACUUCGACUGCACCGAGUCCAACGGCGAGGACGACGAAGAGGAGGAGGAGGAAGACGAGGGGACAGGAGACGUGAGCAAAGCGCCGAAGUGGGAGGAUUUCUUUACGGCGGAGCCGCUGAGCGACAGCCAGAACAGCCAAUCGCAUUCCUGCUGCUCCGCCGCGUCUCAGACCCCGGAUCUGUUCAGCGACGGCGACCGAACCCCGGAGGACCUGGACGCCUUCAGCCUGGCGCUGUCCGCCUCCCAGUCCAACCAGUCCUCCCAGAACCUGGACGACACCCUCAUCCUGGCCCAAUCAGAACUGGAGGAGCUGCCGGCGUCUCAGGCGUCCUCUGACUUCGACGUUCCGCCGACGCCGGAGUCGAAGGCGCCGCAGGCCGGCGAGCUGCUGCAGCUGUACAGGAAGCUGGCGUCAGGACAGGAAGUGGUCAUCAAGGGUCAGGCUGAGCGCGAAGGAGGCGAACAUCUGAUUGGUUGAUGGACAAAAGAUCCAUUCCGGUGUGUUCAUUUUAGAAAAACAAGUAAGUUCACCCUCCGAUCCAGGAUUCCUGUCACAUGGGCUUUGACUAGGCCGUUGCAGCACUUUUGACUUUUUUUUUCAGCUGAUCUGUGAAAGCUGGGCGAUUCAGAUUAAAAUAAAUCUUUUUUAAAAGAAAUUGACAGAAACUAUAUUUGAUUUUUCACUCAUGGCUUUUAAUUCAAUGAAAAGUAUUUUGUUUGAUUACAAGAAUAAAGUCAUAUUUGCAAAAUAAAGACACAAUUUUACAACAUAAACAUCCUAAAAUUCCUGCCACUACUUUAUUCCCAUAUUAUAUUGUUGUAUCACUUUAUUCUUUUAAUAAAAAUAAAAAUCUUGGCUCUAAUAUUUGUUCGUAGAAUUGACCUGAGAUUAAAGUCCAAGUAAAUCAAAGCUGUAAAACAAGAUGGCCGCCCUGGGCUCUGAGGCGUGUGGCAUAUUGGGUGAAAAAACUAAAUCUAAAAAUCAAAUCUUUUGGAUUAAAAGUAAUUAAACUGGUUGAUCGCCCAGCUUUAGUUCUGCUGCAGAUCUGCUCUUCUAUCCAGACAAGCCCUGAUCAUUAUGCUGCCACCACCUUACAUGAUGUUGGAUGUUCUCCGUUUGUCCUCAGACGUUUUCUCUUUCUGGAGGACGAUGUCUCAGCAUCAAAGCUGCAGGGGUGUACUUACUUUGUCACUGUUCCUGGUUUGUUUCUGGGUUCCCUUCAGUGUAAAAUGUUCCUGGACUUUGUUCUUAUCUCCUAAAGCAAAAUGUUUCCAAACCACUCUGACCUCAUUCAACUGCACUUUGACCUCCUUCCUGUCCUCCUGCACCUGUGCACACAUCACAACUACAUUCCCGCUCAGCUGCCACCUUGUGGUUUCUCUGGCCUCGUUUCAUUCAAAGUGGAUCAACGAAUGAAAGGGAGAAACGUUUAGUUUGAUCUAAAUAUUUAAUUUACCUGUUUUUGUAUUUCCUCUCAUUUGUUUCUAAAGAUGUUUGAGAGAAUAAACCGAGAGAAUAAAACAUUGCAAUGUAUGGAAACAUUCUUUCAAUUCCAGGUAGCUUCCACAGGGGGGCGACGGAGAGCUGAAACAUCACGUGAGUUUUCAGUUCUUAACAUUUUUCUUUCUGGUGAACAAACUUGUAAUCUUUAGUGAUUUUCAGGUGUUUUCCAGAUUCUAUGGAAGAGAAUUAAAUGUGGAAAUGUUGUUCAGGUGACAAAAGGUCGACUUUGUAACUGACUUUAUGUGACUGAAUGUUCAGGUCUGAGUCCAUCGCUGGUUUCUAACAGAAGCUUGGUUAGUGGACGACUUCAAUUUCCUGUAUUUACCUUUAUUUAGACAGAAGAAGAAAACAUUGACACAUUUCUGAAAAGAAUAAGUAAAAGUUAUAAAAUGUGUUUUUACAACCUUGUAAUGACAGAAACUCAAAUAUUUAACAGAACAAUGUUUAAAUAAUAAGCAAGUCAUUUGUCUUUUAUUGGUUGAGUUUGACCAGAGGAGCUUCUGAUUGGCUGAGAGCGACUCAUGAAUAUAAAAUAUCAUCGAUUAAACAAAACAGGAAAAAUAAAAUACUUGGAUUUUUCUUACAUGCUGCAAAACAUUAAAUGACUAAAACAGUCAAAUGUUUAGUUGAAAAUGAUAAACUGUCAUUUUCUUUCUCAGUUUUGAGCAAUAAAAACAGGAUUUUUUCACUUUUAUUGAAAAGUAUGAGGCCAAAUUUAAAAAGUUCAUGAAAAGCAGCGUAAUGCUCAUAAAGCUGAGAUACUGAAUAUUUUGUGUUGUAGCCAAAAUUUUCUAGUGUUAGAUUGUAGUUUGUGUUAAAAAUAAGAUGUUUGCAUCUGAAUCAGA